AUGAAAAGAUCGAAAGGUGAAAUCGAAAAGUUUGACAGUCAGUUUGAUAUGUUAUAUGAAGACAGCAAGGUACAAAGAUAUAAACUAGUACAGUCCACACAGACAGACGAAAUAAUGAAAAACACAACUGAAAUAUGCAGAAUGAUAACUGCAAAACAUGUUUCAGAGAUUGAUGUAAGCUCUUGCAAAGACAAGAAAAAACCCUGUAUAAAAAAGAUGUCAGUGGUACAAAGACAUUACCUUGCUGUUGCAGACAAUGACAAUAAAGCAGUGAGGAUAAUUGAUACUAGAACUGGCAAAGUAACAUCUGAAAUAAGUUUGGACUGUGAUUCUGUUUGGAGUGUCACAAAUGUCAAGAGCGAUCAAAUUGUAGUUUCACUGACAUCAUUUGAACCUGAUUUUCAGCAUAAUUUUCUCACUCUCACUGUAUCAGCAUCCGGUGCGAUAAGUAAAGGUAACGUGAUAACAACUAGAAGGCUAAUUUACGAUCUUGUUGCAAUUGCACAACACCUCUAUGUGUUACAUAACAAUGAUAUCAAAGUGCUGGAUAUGCAUGGAAAUAUUCUGAAAACAAUAAUAUGUGACUAUACUUCCUUUCCUUCUAUAGCUGUAAGUCCUGACAAGAAAACCAUUUACUUAACAGACUAUGACAAAAGCAGUGUACAAGGUAUGACCUUGGAAGGCAAGGUCAUAGCAACCUACAAGGACAAGGAUCUUAAACGUCCCUGGGGUAUGACAGUAGACAAUGAGGGAUUUGUGUAUGUAAGAAGUGAUGGAGGCAUUUAUCAGUUGACAAAGAACUGUACCAUGAUUCAAGUUCUCACAGAAGACACGUAUGGCACCGCCAUAACCUAUUCUGGUGCAGAUAACAGACUCUAUGUGGGAGAUGAUAGGAAAGUGAAAGUGUAUGAACUGCAGUAA